AUGGCGCGAACUCGACACGAGAAGGCUCGAGCUGCUUCUCAAGCAACAUCCAUGGUCUUCGGCACUGCAGAGCUCCUCGAGAACAUCUUGCUGUUUCUGCCCCUAAGACAGCUCCUCUGCGUUCAGCGCGUCAACAGAUCCUGGCAAGCCUGCAUCAAGGGCUCGGUCAACGCGAGACGCGCGCUCUUCCUGCAAGCCUCCCACGGUGACACUGUCUAUUGGCAGCAGGUGGAGGAAGGAGCAGAUCCACACGACGGAGGAUCUGGCAAGUGGGUCUUCAGCAACUCUCCAGAUCAACAGAUCUUCCCGAGCCUCAACCCCAUUGCGCGAGAACUAUUCCUCGAAAACUACGACAACCACCGCCCCUUUCUGCAUCACGGCUUCACAUCUCCUGAGUAUGGUCCAAAAUACAACAAGCGCGAAGACAACACUGUCCUCUCUGGCCCACGAAACACCCGGCAUUACCAGGCCUUGCAUUACGACGAUGCUUCUUGGCGAAACAUGUUGAUCAUGCAGCCACCGUGCGGAAAGCUGGUCAUGUCCUGCUCAAAGUCGAAAUACUCCAUCGAGUCUCAGCAUGGACUGACCUUUGGAGACAUCCUCAGCCAGCUCAUGCUACACUACGUAGAUCAUUCGGAUUGUCCCGAUGGCCAACAUGUUAUCUCUUGCUGGGACUAUCAUGGCAUGCUGACUCAGGACCUGAAUGCCGUGGAGGAAGUGAAGGACGCGUUUGAGCUGUUGAGUGUCCUGGCAAAUGUCCGAAUCAAGAGCUCGAGCCCUUUUCGAAUUUUCCUCAUUAGAAAUGGGGACACCGACGAGGAGAACUAG